AGUUGAUCGUUAUGUUGGUUCAAUGUAAACCCGUGAAGUGAUGAAUAAAUGACUGUAAAUAUAUGAAAAUUAUAUACGUGAACUGCGCAUAAAGACGUGAAUAUGAAAGCAAUAUUCGCAAUAAUGAAAACUGCUUGAGCAGUGGUGAAAAUAAGACCUAAAAAAAAAUUCAGGCCUGUAUGGGAGUUGAACGCAUGACCUCUGUGAUACCGGUGCAGUGCUCUACCUGCACUGCACCUGCUGAUUACUUAUUACUUUUGUCAUCAUUAUUAUUACCACGAUCGUUAACAUUAUCUCUAUUAUUAUUUACUGCCCAGAGCAAUCAUUUAUAACAGCUUUUGCUUGAGUGUUUUUAAUAUGUUGUUAUUAUUAUUGUUAUCAUUUUUAUGAUUAUUAUUAUGAUUAUCAGUAUUAUUACCCUCGAAGGAACUUUUAACUCCAUGUGUACGUUCGUCCUCAUAGAUGAUGGAACCAAUCAAACAAUUCCGAAAAGUAUGUCUUGACCAUCCAGAAUCCUCGUCAAUUUUUCCUCUUUUCCUAUGUAACAAUUGGGAUCAAGUAUCUCAAGAAGAGGCUGAUUCCAUCAAAAAUCACGUCAAGGGUGAAUUCAGAGAAUUCUGGCCUGAAAUAGACCCAGAUUCUCAAAUCAUUUACAUUUCAUCGCCUUACGCCACAAACGAUGAAACAGUUGUCGCGGAGUUUGCGUCACUGAUGGAUGCUAUUAAAUCCACCGCCUUGCAAAACAAUAAAGCAACGCUGCAAAUGCAGUGGAGGUGGCUUGACCUGGCCAUUUCACGUAUGACCCACCACAUGAAAAUGGUCAUGGAUCUUCUUUGCCCGCUCACCGAUCGAACAGACGUCUCUGAUUUACUUUCUGAACGCCUUCGUUACGUUGAUUUACAUUCUGAACGCCUUCGUUACGUUGAGAAGCGGCUGCGCUCAGUUGAAGACGAGUUGAAUGAGCAUUUCAGAAAACUGGCAGACGAUACCGUUAGGGAACUUUCCAAACACCUCCAGUCUUGUGAAGUUAUGGAAAAAUUUACCUCUUGGACGCUUGAAGAUAUUCCACACGCUGGAGAAAGUUGGGAGGUAACCGAAGAUCCUAUUCAAAAAGCAUUUAGGUCGCGACUUGAGAACACGAUUACCGCGUGGGAAGAAAAAAACCAAAUUUUAUUCAACACUCGCAGCUCUCUGGUCCAAUUGUCCGACCAGCGAUUUGAUGAAUGUAAGAAUCUACUCCCAUACCGAUACCUAGAGAACCUCGUCAUUACGGACGCUGCUGCUGCUAGUGGAUCAAAUACUUGCCAGUCUUCAAAUGACUUCGGGGCGGCCCAAAUAGUUAUGAUGGGGCUGACAAGUCCAAUUUGGGUUCCAUUUGUCCUAGCAGCUUUAGCUAGCAGUGUUCCAGUUGUUGGUGUCAUGACACUUAAAGAGAAAGUAAAAAAUUUGAAACGUUCAAGAAAAUAUGGAAAAGACAAACGUAGAUUCAUCGUGGGCGCCUCCCAUAAAUACCUUUGCAAAGUGGUUCAAGAGCAACAGCUUUCGCUGAUCGUGAAAGAGCAGCUCAAAGAUGUUCAUGUUUACCUUACAAAAGUUUCAUCUCGUUUGCACGAGCUCUUAGCCGCCGACAAAAUACUAUGUGAGCAGCUCAGAGAUGAGACCCGCUCUAGAGAUGAAAUUAAAAAAUGCUAUGGCCGUUUAAGAGAGAUGAGUGUGAGAGAAAAGGAAAAGAUGGCCCUCUUUUCCAUUAAAGAAUUACGGAGCAUGGAAAUAAGUCGUAAUGACUUGGAGUGGGAUCAAGACGAUCCAGCUUCACUUCUUGGAAAUGGAGCAUCCGCUUUAGUUUAUCGAGGAACAUUCAGGUUACCAGGACAGAGCGAACCAACACAGGUGGCUGUGAAAUUGUGGAGUAAAGAACUAAACGAAUACAGCGCGAUUGGCGUCCUUUCUAAGACAGAAACACUGAGGAAGCUUUGCUUUCCCUUUAUUGUCAAGUUCUAUGGAACAGCAUUGCUGAAGGAAGGCGAUCAAUUGCGCGUGAUACAUGUUUUGGAAUUGUGCAAGGAAAACUUGAUGAAUCACAUUUUUCAGAAUCCUGAAAACAUUCCUGAAUCGUCUGGAAAAACCUCCGCCAAGAAUAAUGUGCUGUGCUGGGCAAAGGACGUAGCUGCUGCCCUAGAGUUUAUACACAACCAGGGUAUUGUUCACCGCAACUUCAAGCUGGAGAAAAUCUUGCUUUCACGCAGAAAUGUCGUUAAGGUCUCUGGUUUUCGCCUUUCUGAAGAGGCUAAGAUCAUCGCAGACACCAUGACGGGAAGCGAUGCCUACCUUGCCCCGGAAGUGAUUCGUUGCAAAGAAUACGAUAACAAGACUGACAUAUACAGCUUUGGUAUAAUGCUUUGGGAGAUGUGGUAUGGUAAGAGAGCCCUCCUUGAAAAAGCAGAAUAUGUGUUGGACCAAGAGGCUGAGGGUGCAAGACCUUCAUAUGUACAAGGCACUAUCAAGCCUCCAACUGGCUGGCAAGAUCUAAUGCAGCGUUGCUGGGAUGGAAAACCCCACAAUCGACCAGAUGCGGUAGAGUGUCACAAACUGCUGACUGCGCUCUCCCAGGAAGUUUGCGCGCCAACUCUAUGAACACUAGUUAUUAGGUUAUCAUCUUAAAUGUAUUUCAUAUUUAAAGAUAGAAUUACUGGGCAACAAUAGUAAUUGCCAGUCUGAUAAAAAAAAACUCGUUCUGAUUGCUAUAGUAAGUAGAAAAGAGUGACAUACAAGGAAACAUGUAUUAUGAUAGAAUACA